AUGGGUGGACACAAAGGAUCUACUAUCGCUGCCCUGGCGCUGCUCGUCGCCUGUGCCGCUCCAGCAACAGCCGACGUGAACGUGACCGCCUUGUGCCUGCUGGUCAGCAAUGGCAACUAUGUGGCCAGCCAGUCCGACUGCUCCACGUACUACCAGUGCCAGGGAUCCACGUUUACGACCAUGUCCUGUCCCACCGGCUACUACUUCGACAAGAAUGCCCAGCAGUGCACGGGCAGUGUGCCGAGCACCUGCACCAGCAGCACGAGUCCUUGUCUCGGCAAGGCGGUGGGCACCUUUGCCGCCUCCAGUACGUCCUGCGGUGGCUACUACUAUUGCGGUGCCUCCGGCGCUCAGAGUGGCAGCUGUCCUGCCGGCGAGAACUUCAAUCCCACCACCCAGGCCUGUGUGUACAAGAACAAUUAUCCCUGCACCGAUUCCACCUCCUCCGACAGUCUGUCCACCCCCUCGGUGGCCCUGAACCUGUGCAAUCUGGUCAAGGACAAUCUCUACUUUGGCAGCCCCUCGAACUGCAGUGGCUGGAACUUCUGCCAGGACAACAUCCUGCACUCGGGAUCCUGCGGAGCGGGUCUGGUGUUCAAUGUGCAGGCCAGCAACUGCGGCUACAGGAUGACCUCCUCCUGCUCCCAGGUCACCAAUGAUCCCUCGCUGACCGGAGUGGCCAACAAUCCCACAACUUGCACCACCGCGGGUUCGAUGAUUGCGGCCACCGCGUGCAAUCAGUACUACAUGUGCUCGGCCAGCCUGAAUUACCAGCUGAUGACCUGCCCCUCGGGAUUCUUCUACGAUACCAUCUCGAAGGCCUGCGUGACCAGGAUGAGUGCCAGGAACAACUGCGACAGGUGUGUGGGCACCACCGCCAGCUUCGUGAAUGCCUACUCGGCCACCAACUGCUCCGAUUACCUGUACUGCGUGAAUGGCGUCCAGAAGGCCGUGGAGAGCUGCCCCGUCAACUACUAUUUCAACGAGAACACCGGAUCCUGUACUAACGGGGUGGAGCCCCAGUUCCUGUGCUGCAAUCCCACGGGAAGCACCGGCCUUACCACCACAACCACUACCGCCACCACAACCACCACCACCACCGCUGCUCCAGCUGCUGAUACUGGCUCGAAAACCGAUACUUCAGCCGAUUCCUCAGCUGGUACUUCAUCAGAUACUACCAAAACUGAUACUUCCUCUGGAACUUCCGACACAGCAGCCACAAAGUAAUCCAUAAAGCUCUUCUGCACCUAAAACAAUUAUAUAUUUAAUCCAGCAAACAAUAAAAUAAAUUACUUCAAGUGUAUUUCAUCAUUAAUAUUCAAUCCAGUGUACUCCGUAUCAUCCUUUGUACACAAGAUAGGUAAAAUAAAAAACCCAU